UUUUUUGACCACCCUCGGCAGCCCUCGGGCCUCAACUCUUAGUUUAGAAGAACGAAAGAUUGUGUUGUGAUAAUUAAAACAAUCCAUAUUUUGUUUGUUAAAUAAUGUCUGACGAGUCCGAACAAUCACUUAAAGAGCAGGAGCUAAUUGCUGUACACAAAAAGGAGCGAAAAGACCUUCAAGCAAAAAUUCAAUGUUUGAAGAAGACGAUAUGUAAAGGAGACAAAAAAAAGAAAAAAGAAAUAACAGAGGAAAUAGUAAAAUUGGAGUCUGAACUGGAGAAAAAACAAAACGAUGAUCUAGCUGAAUUAAAGUUAUCACAAAUGAAUUUAAGUGUGAGUGAAAAUGAAAAGAACGAUGAAACUGUGAGCAAUGACAUUUCUACUGAAAUUAGUGACCAGGGCAAUUCUAAGCCUGCCAGAGUAUCAAAAGCCCAAAAGAGAAGAGAAAAAAAGGAGAACGCAGAGAAAGAAAGAAACGAGAGAAUUAUUGAACAAGAAGCACUUAAUGAGUUUGGCCAAAGGAAUCUUGAGAUACAAGCUAUUAAAACUAUACUUACGAAACGAAACCUUAUGGUCCACGAGAUACCUAGUGACGGACACUGCCUCUAUAAUGCUGUUGCACACCAAUUGAAAUUAAUAGGUGAUUUACCUUUAGACUAUAACGACCUUAGAAAAAAAACAGCCAAUCAUUUAAGGGAAAAUAUAGAUAGUUUUUUACCAUUUAUUGAAAAUUCUAAUUCAACUGAUGAUGAACUUAUGACGGUUGAACAAUACGAAAAAUAUUGUGAUAACGUAGCGGAAACGAGUGCUUGGGGUGGAGCUGUGGAGCUCCAAGUAUUAUCAAGUGUUCUCAAAUGCCCUAUUGAAGUAAUUCAAGCCAUAGGUGCUCCGUACGAAGUUGGCACCGAAUUUGAACCAACGAGAAAACUUAUUCUUACUUAUUACAGACACAUGUAUCAAUUGGGAGCACAUUACAAUUCUGUGACAAAAUAUGUACCAAAUACGGAAGACAGCUGAUUUAACUGUCAGUUGUUACUUUUAAAUGAUAUUAGCUAAUGCAAUUGAACUUGAUGAUGAA